AUGAAACAAAAAUUCUCAGAAGUAUUUGUGAAAAAUGACAAACCGAUUUUAGGUUUCAAAGCAACUAUUCAUUUGAAAGAAAAUAGCAAACCAUGGUUUCAUAAAGCCAGACCGGUACCCUAUGCAUUAAAAGACAAGGUGACUGAGGAAUUGAAAAUUCUUGAAAAAGAUGGUGUAAUUGAACGUGUCGAUAAUAGUUCUUGGGCAAGUCCGCUGGUUGUCGUGCCAAAGGCGGACAAGAAAAGUUUACGACUAUGUGGGGACUAUAAAGUGUCGGUAAAUCGUGAAAUUAGCGAAGAUCAGUAUCCGCUACCGAACGUUGACGAUAUGUUCGCGACCCUUGCUGGGGGUAAAAAGUUUACUAAGCUGGAUCUUACGCAGGCCUAUGCACAGCUAGAACUUGAUGAGAACUCCAAGGAUCUACUUACAAUCAAUACACACUUGGGAUUGUAUAAGUAUAAUCGGUUAGCCUAUGGAGUGAGUUCAGCACCUGCGAUAUUUCAGUCAGUGAUGGACACUGUACUGGCUGGUCUUUCUGGAGUGGUGUGCCGUAUAGACGAUAUACUUAUUACAGCUCCAUCCGAUGACGUGCAUCUACAGCGACUCGAGGAGGUGUUGCGACGCCUUCAUACACACAACAUCAAGUUGAAUGCCAACAAAUGCGUGUUUAUGGCAAAGAAUGUAGUGUUCAUGGGACAUCUUGUAGAUGAAGAAGGUAUUCAUCCUACUGACGACAAGGUAGAGGCUGUCAUGAAAGCGCCAGUGCCUACCGAUGUUGGAACCCUGAAAUCUUACCUGGGACUCCUGAAUUACUACGGUUCAUUUAUUCCGAAUUUGUCAACAAUGCUUCAUCCGUUACAUCAACUGUUACGUAAAGGAGCAAAGUGGGAGUGGUCGGCUGAGUGCCAAGAAGCUUUUGACCGCUCUAAGGACGAACUCUCAGGUACAGGGGUACUCAUUCACUAUGAUGAACAGAAACCUGUGAUUUUAGCUUGCGAUGCUUCGGCAUACGGAGUGGGGGCAGUUAUCUCCCAUGUUAUGGAAGAUGGAACAGAGAAACCGAUUGCUUAUGCUUCUCGGACACUUGCUCCAGCCGAAAGGAACUAUUCUCAGGGGAUACCUACCUUAGCCGCGUCACGUUUGCAGCGAUGGGCUAUACUCCUAUCGGGUUACCAAUAUGACAUAAAAUAUCGGAAAUCGUCUGCGCAUGGCAAUUGUGAUGGGUUGUCACGGUUACCUGUAACCAGUAGCGAGGUUGAAAGUACAGAUGACUUAGUAUCUUUCAUUGAGGAACUUCCGGUUGAGGCAAGAGUGAUUGCUGACGCAACUCGAAAAUGUCCAAUUCUGAGUAAGGUCAUUGACUUUGUAUUAAGUGGGUGGCCAAAACAUAACGACGAUCCCAAAAUACGACCAUAUUUUAGCAAACGGUUUGAACUUGGUGUUGACCGUGGUGUGUUACUAUGGGGUCUACGUGUUAUAAUUCCAGAGACUCUGCGGAAUACUAUUCUUUCAGAACUUCAUGAUCAACAUCUUGGAGUAAACAGAAUGAAAUCGCUGGCUCGCGGUUAUGUCUGGUGGCCUAACUUGGACUCUGAACUUGAACACCUUGCUGCCACCUGUGGAACCUGUCAGUCGUUGAAAGCACUUCCUGCAGAAGCACCGCUGCAUCCAUGGUUACACGGGUUACCUGAACAACUGGUUUCUGAUAAUGGCCCACAGUUUACAUCAGUUACAUUCAAGGACUUUGUAAAAACGACAGGCAUUCGACACACUCUUACUCCGCCCUAUCAUCCAUCGUCAAAUGGGCAGGCAGAAAGGGCCGUGCAAGUAGUUAAAAACGCGUUGAAAGCCAGAAUUAAAGAUAAUGCGAAAAGUGUAAAGUCAGUGAGCUUAACACAUCUCCUUGCUGAUUUCCUGCUGAAAUAUAGAAUUACACCACAUACUACCACCGGUAUCGCUCCAUGUGAACUGUUCAUGAAUCGUCAGUUACGCACGAGAUUGAGUUUAGUGAAACCAUCUAAGGACAGCAAAGUGAAGGACAGUCAAAUGAAAAUGAAAGCUGUUCAUGACAAGUCAACUAAAAUGCGAACAUUUGAAAAGGGCGAUCAAGUGGCAGUUAAAAGCACAAUUCAAGGGGGAAAAUGGGAGUGGCGGCCAGGCGUUAUUCAUAAGGUACUUGGAGCAGUUUCGUAUCUGGUGAAAUGUAACAACCGAAUUCGAUACUGUCAUAUUGAUCAUUUGGUUACCCGGCAUGCAGAGUUGCCAUUCAGUGAGACUUGUUCUGUGCCAUGA